GUGAUGCUUUGGUGCUGCUUUCGCGACUGGUCUAAAUUUAUUGAAGUUGCAUCUUCAAACACAAACCAGCGCAACAGUGCCGGUAUUCGAUAUUCUACCGCCAAAAUGUCAAAGCAUUGGGAGCAAAACAAGGAUGCGACGGUCUACGUCGGCAACAUCGACGAGCGCUUCACCCAGGAGCUGCUCUCGGAGCUCAUGACCCAGGUCGGCCCCGUGCGCCAGGUUCACAUGCCGCAGGAUCGUGUCUCGCAAACCCAUCAAGGAUACGGCUUCGUCGAGUUCGAUACCCCCGCCUCGGCCGAGUACGCCUCCAAGGUCCUCAACGGCAUCCGCAUCUGGGGCAAGCCCAUCCGCGUCAACAAGGCGAGCGCCGACAAGCAGAAGACGGUCGACAUUGGCGCCGAGCUAUUCAUCAACAACCUCGAUCCCCAAGUCGACGAGAAGAUCCUCUACGACACCUUCAGCCAGUUCGGCCAGAUCCUGCGCCAGCCCAACAUCGUGCGCGACGACAACAACAUCUCCAAGGGCUACGGCUUCGUCAGCUUCGACUCCUUCGAGGCCAGCGACGCCGCCGUCUCCACCAUGAACGGCCAGUACCUGCUGAGCAAGUCCAUCACCGUCGAGUACGCCUACAAGAAGGACGGCAAGGGCGAGCGCCACGGCGACGAGGCCGAGCGCAAGCUCGCCGCCGAGGGCAAGAAGCACAACAUCGUCCCCGAACAACAAGUCCUCCCGCCCGCCUUCCACAUGUCCGCCGCAUCCGCAGCAGCAGCCGGCGCGCCCCCAACCGGCCCGGCCGCAGGCACCAUCGACCCCUCCGCCACCAUCCCCCCCAUCACCCCCCUCACCGCCGGCAUGCCCUCGCCCGCCCCCUACGGCGCCCUCCCCCCCGGGCCCGCCGGCAUGGGUGGCCGCGCCGGCCCCCCCCAACAACCACCCCCCUCCUUCGGCGGCUCUGCACCCCCCCAACGCGCACCGCCACCCAUGGUCGGCUCCGCCAGCCUCCCGCCCGCGCCCUCAGGCCUCCCCGCACGCCCGCCACCGAGCCACGCCGGCUUCGGCGGGCCCGUCGGCGGUUUCCCGCACCACCCCCCACCGUCGGGCUUCCCCCCCGCGGGGGGUCCGCCUGGUGGUGGUCCGCCGCCCGGUGGCCCUGGUGGGCAGCAGCCGCCAGCGAUGUAUCCCGGCAUGCCGCCGCCGCCACCGGGCGGGUUUGCGGGCGCGGGUGGGGUGCCGCCGCCUGGCGCGCCGAUCCCCCCGCCGGGGUUCAUGCCGCCUCCGGGGGGGGUGCCGCCGGGCUUUGGGGCCGCGCCGCCUGCGGGGUUUGGGAGGCGUUAGUGUGAGGGGGUGGAUGGAAUGGAUGGAUGGGAUUGCGUGUGUAAGUGUAUACAUGUAAUGGGAGAUGGGUUGGGUGUGCGGCUCAGACGUGGAUUACUCCGCCAUGACGGCCGUCUCGAGGGAGGAGGAGGCAUAUUGGCUGGGCCGGGGUGCCGAGAUGCGUCACACUCUAAAAAGAGUCGGAGAAGGGUCGUCGUGUUCGCCUGCGGAUUACAAGACCGGUCCCGGGAAGUCCACCCCCGACUCUCCUCAACGAGGUAUCUGGGCUAUGCGGGCAACGGACUAAGAAUCUUUAUGGUUCUGAUUCUCAAGCUCCAGGUUGAGCUGCGUAGGCGUUUUCAAACGGGUUAGCGACCGCCCAACGUCUCUACCUACCCGCUCAGAAACAAGGGAGCUAACACCCACCACAGCCACACUUACCUUC